CCACAUGUUUCUCUGAGCUGACCUAUUUGUUUCCUAAAGGGAAACUUUCUUAACGCGAAAACGUCCAACUUAUACGAUUGUUUAUCGAGUAAAGUGAGAACCGUCUCUCAAGCGGCCGCUCGCAGUGUGUGCAAAAUUACUGCAUGUUUCCCAGAAUAAGAGAAAAUCCGCACCAGCCUCGUAUUUCAGCUACAAUCGUGGAAAAGUUUGUUUUCCGAGAGGAACAGAAGUAAGACGUUAAUUCGUUGGCGACGCCGCUUUCCUCUUUCCUCUUCUGCGUGCUCUCCCUCUCUGGCUCUUCACACAUCUGGAAGCGCUGCUGCUCUUACGGUGUGCUCGGGCGGUUUUGAGACGCUUUCGUACGCUGGGCUUUGGCUUUAACUCUCUCGGAUACUUUCGGAAGAAGCGCAGCACGUGAACGCUUGCUUCGUGAAUCCAGAGAGCACGAUUUUUGUGAAUCACAGGUCACGCGUUUCUAGCUGGGUCUGUAAAAGCCAUUCAGGGUCGGGCCAGGGUUUUGGGAUCUGGUUGAAGAGAUGGGUCGGCGCCGCGGCCUGCCGGACCUGCUGUGUUUGGUUCUGCUGGGCUGGACUCUGGUUCGAGGUCAGGCGGAUCUGAAGCCGGAUGAGGAGGACGGAGAGGCGGAGGAAGCCAGGAACGUGGAGCCGAUAUCUUGUCCGGAGAAAUGCAGCUGCAGCGAGGAGGGAGCGGUGGACUGCAAUGGAGUCAGUCUGACCGAAUUCCCACAGGAUUUAUCCGAACAGACCCGUCAGCUGUCCCUGCAGAACAACCAAAUCGCCGAGGUCACGGUGGAGCAUCUGUCACGUCUUCAGCAGCUGGAGACCCUAAACCUACAGAACAACCGGCUCACCACACAAGGCCUUGACGAUGAAGGGUUUAAUAUUCUGGAAAGGCUGAGUUAUUUAUACUUGGCAAAUAAUAAGCUCACAGCAGCUCCCAGACACCUCCCUCCGUCUCUGGUCAGUGCUGAUUUCGCUGCUAACCAGCUGACCAAAAUCUAUCCCAAUACCUUCGGCGAGAAGCCGGCUCUGAAAUCGGUGUAUCUCCAUAACAACAAGCUAACAGAUGCCGGUCUGCCAGAGAACAUGUUUAAUGGAUCAGACAACCUGGAGAUCCUCAUUAUGUCCAGUAAUUUCCUCCGUUAUGUGCCUAAGGGUCUGCCCACCGCCCUUUACCGCCUACACCUGAAGAACAACAAGCUGGAGAAGAUUCCCGCAGGCGCGUUCGAUAAUUUGUUCCAUCUUCGAGAACUUUACCUGCAAAACAACUUCUUGAGUAACGACGGCAUGGACAACGAGACCUUCAGUAACUUGAACAGUCUGGAAUACCUGGACUUGUCCAAUAACAACCUGACCACGGUUCCCCUCGGCCUUCCUCGAAAUCUCAUCCUGCUUCAUCUGGAGAAGAACUCCAUCCAAAGCAUCACGAUAAACGCGUUGACGUCCACCCGAAACCUGGAGUACCUGCUCCUCCACAACAACCGCCUCCGCUCCCGCUCCAUCCAUCCGGCCGCCUUCCAGGGCCUCAAACGCCUCCACACCGUCCACAUGUACAACAACCUCCUGGAGCGGGUUCCCCGAGGCCUUCCCCGCCGCGCCAAGACCCUCAUGCUGCUCCACAACCUCAUCGGCGAGAUCGGACGCAACGAUCUGAUCACGCUCUACACCCUGACGGAGCUCAACCUCAGCUACAACCGUCUCACCAGCGCCAAGCUCCACAGGGAGGCCUUCAGGAAGCUCCGCAUCCUGGAGACCCUGGAUCUGUCGGGAAACAAGCUGCAGACGCUGCCGUUGGGUCUUCCCAAGAGCCUACAGGUCUUGAAGGUGAAGGACAAUCAGAUGAGCGAGGUACCGGAGGGAGCUCUGACGGGAAUGAGCUCGCUGAGGGAGCUCUACCUGACCAACAACCAGCUGAAGCUGAACUCCAUCUACCAGGGAGCCUGGCAGGAGCUGAGCGCGCUCACGACGCUGGAUCUCUCCGGUAACAUGCUGUCACACGUUCCUCCGGACCUGCCCGAGUCUCUUGAGUUCCUUCACCUGCAGAACAACAGAAUCAGCUCGGUUUCUUCCACAGCCUUCCUCAACACGCCCAACAUCAAAGGCAUCUUCCUCAGGUUUAACCGCCUCUCAGUCCAUUCGGUGUCCGAAGAGUCUUUUUCUCACCUGUCCAAGCUUCAGGUGUUGGACGUCGGCCACGGAAACAUCUCUCCCAACCGAGGCCGAGCUGGAGAGCAUGAGGAGGAAGAGGAGGAGUUACCUUACGAGGAAGAGGAGGCCAAACAUUCAUGAGCCACGGAUGGAAAGAUAAAACCCCCUGAACUUUCCCUCACUCGAAAAUAAAAUAAAAAGGACAACCAGAGACAACCUGCUGACAGAAAGUGAUUCCUUCCGAACGCAGUGUUUGAAUACAUCUGAGUGCAUUGGAAGAUAUUUUUAAGACGCAAGAAAGUUAAAUAUUAAUUGCGCUACUACUAAUUUCUGUCUACCAAUUUUAAUUUGGCUUUGUAUUGUAAUAGGAUGCAUUAGGUCAGAAAACCAAAGUCAUGUGCAUUGAUAUCUGGUGCAGGAUGCCGGAAAAGUUGUAUUGGUUGUCUUUUAUUUUUUUUGUUUUUGUGGUGUUUGCUCAGUCACGGCUCAUUGUGUUUACAUGCAUACAACUGUUUUGUGCUAUGAAAUUAUAAUUUCUUUCUCCAGAAAAAAA